AAUUUCUAGGUUUCAUCACUUGUUUAAAAGUCUUGUCAUCCUCAACUCAAGAAUCAACUCAUACUCCUCAUCGGAAUCUAAGUUUAACACCCUCAUCCCUUACCACCGCCCAUGGAACCUUGGCUGCCUAGUUAUAGCAAAUUUUGUUAUAUUUUAUCUACUAAUAUUAGUAAUUUAAAAUUAUUACUUACAGUACAUAAAUUUCUAAAUAAUUAAAAUUUCUUUAAUCUCAUUUGUUUUAAUAGAGUAAUAUUUGUAAAUUAUUAAAUUAAAAAUUUUCUUUUGUUAAGAAAUUUUUUAUUUUAUUUUAUUUUCUAUAUUUGUUUAUUUAGUUAGCAAUUUUUCGUUGAUUGUAAUUAAAUUACUUAUUUUUAUUCCUUUAUUAUAAUUUAUUUCAUCUUAAAGCGAGUUUCCAUUCCCAACAAACAACCCAGUUAGUUACCCAGCAGCACACGGAAAUUCCAACCCUCAACAGAUUCAUCAUCUCUUACUGCACAGGAAGAUCAGCCUCCACAAAUUCAACUACUAGCUUCAACAGAUGAUGAUUAUGACGGUGUUAUCGUUGAAAUCAACGACCUCGUUAUGGAUUCUGCAACCUUUUUGUCCAUUCUUAGACCUUCAAUUUCAAACUGGAAACAACAGGGCAAGAAGGGCGUUUGGAUAAAAUUACCUAUUCAUCUGGCCAACCUUGUUGAAACUUUAAUUAAGGAAGGUUUUUGGUAUCACCAUGCAGAACCAAAAUAUUUGAUGCUCGUACAUUGGAUUGCAGACAGUGCAAACACAAUUCCGGCGAAUGCCACACACCGAGUUGGUGUUGGAGCGUUUGUGGUGAAUGAAAAACAAGAGGUUCUAGUGAUUCAAGAAAAAACUGGACAUUUUAAGGGAACUGGAUCCUGGAAAUUCCCUACUGGAGUUGCUGAUCAGGGCGAAGAAAUUUGGGAAGCAGCAGUUAGAGAGGUCAAAGAAGAAGCGGGAGUAGACUCCGAAUUCGUUGAAGUACUAGCGUUCAGACAAAGUCACGCGUCAUUCUUUGAGAAGUCAGAUCUAUUCUUUGUGUGUUUGUUGCGCCCUCUUUCUUCCGACAUCAAAAUCCAGGAAGUAGAGAUAGAAGCUGGAAAGUGGAUGCCGUUUGAAGAAUAUGCAGCGCAACCAUUUAUGGAAAAGUACGAGCUUUUGAGACAAAUUAAUGACAUAUACUUAGCAAAGGUUGAUGGACAUUAUUCUGGAUUUACUCCUGUAUCUACAAAAUCAAACUUUUCUAACCAGAAAAAUAGCUAUCUUUACUUGAAUGCUGGAGGCUUGAAGAGGUCUAAUUCUUUAUAAAGCAUUAUUGUAUAUUUGUAUUCAUUGUCUAAACUAUUUCAGAAGCUCAUUUUUUACUUUCUAAUUAUUCAUGUUAGAAAUUAAAAAACCAGUUGAAUUGUAACUAUAAUAAGUUAAUAACAUCAUUGUCAUGUCACAUAUAAGGACAAGAAUAUGAAACAUAGGUGGAGUCAAUAAAAACAGUUUGGUAGCAUAUGAUAUACUAAACUAUUGUCCUGUCUCUUCUGUACACGUGUAACUUUGUCUCUCAAUGUUUUAUCCUACACUAUCAUUAUUUUCAA